AACUGAGGCUUCCCCUGUUUUCAGUUUCGCAUACCCUUGUGCGAAUGCAGACGCCGGAGAGAGCAGGGGCGUCCACCCCACCUUCCGCCUCCGUCCCAUUUCGCUGGGAAGAGGAACCGGGGAAGCCCAAGCCAUGCACCGCGCUUUCCACGUUCUCGAUUCGGGAGGAUUCUGCCUAGAAAUGCCUUGAACUGCCUCCGAGGUUGCUGGUGGAAUCAAAACCAUAUUCCUCGCCUACCACCGUCUUGGAAGGUCCGUACAUCGGUCGUUCGUCUAGGUUUCAGUCUCUCAGAAUGGGCAAACACUCCUCGCCCGCCACCGAUCUCUUGGAAGGCCCGUUCAUUGGCCGGUCGUCGAGGUUUCAAUCUAAUUCGUUCAGAAUGGGAGGCGAUUGCUACGGUUCUUUUCGUUCCACCGGUAACUCCAGCCCGGAGGCGGUGGUUCCUUAUGGAGCGCUGGUUGUUAGCAAGAAAGGGCAGCGGAGAGACAGAGGGAUUCUUGGGUUCUGGAGGAAAAGAGCCUUGAAGGGUGAAAGAGGUGUUGUUAGGGGUAGUUACGUGUUUCCGUCUUCCGUGGAUAGAGAAAGUGAUUCCGGCCGUGAAAGGGAAGACAUCCGCCGCAGCACCACCGUGAAGAUCACCAGGGUUAGAAGAAUUAGGAGUUCUCCUAAUCUAUCCCAUGCCGCCAACCUCAGACCUCUCCCCAAAGGACUCGGCAAUGCAACUUUAACCGCCAAAGCCCAGAGUUUUGGUUUCUUCCAAGGCGGCGGGUUAGGAUCGGACGAUGACCCGCCUUCUCCUUCGCCUUCACAGACUGGGGACAGGCCAAGCUUAGCUGCCUUAGAAGAUAAAGAGGAGCCCCAGUGCCUGCCUGGAUUGCGACAGUACGAGACUAUGGCGGUUUUGAGACCCAACAUGUUAGAAGACCAAAGACUCGCCCUUACACAAAAGUAGGAGGAGGUAAUGCUAUUAUUGCUCGCCUCCCUAUUUUCUUUUUCUUUUUAUAUUUCAUGAAAUUUAGACUACAUAUAUGUAGUGGAGAUGGAGUUAAGCCUUGGGAGGUCAGGGCAGGAUGGUGUAAUGUAAUGCUAGUAUUCAACUUCAUUGAUUUUGUUAUUUAGUUUCAAAUUUCAGUUAUAUUGGAAGAUAAACUGUAAGAUAAACU